GACCUCUUAAACUCUCUUCCAUGACCUGGCGCAGUUGUUGGUGGUGUACUUCUCCAGCUUUCUACAAUGGCGAUAUCAAUGGCUUACUGCACUUCUUCCUCCACCGCAGCCACUUCUCCUCUGGUUCGAUAUUCACCUUGUAAUUCUACUAUAUCCACAAGGCUCACGUUCUUCCCCCUCCCCUUCCGUUCCAAUCGCCGCCGCUCAAUUCGAAUAGCAACCGCUUCUCUCCCCGCCGUCAAUUCUCCGUCCACGAGUUCCUCUGGCAGUCAGAAGAAUCUUUUGUUGGAAGUCAAGGAUUUGACUGCUGUAAUUGCAGAAUCUAGGCAGGAGAUUCUCAAGGGUGUUAACCUUGUCGUCAACGAAGGAGAGGUUCAUGCCAUCAUGGGAAAGAACGGUUCUGGAAAGAGCACAUUUGCAAAGGUACUCGUUGGGCACCCAGAUUAUGAGAUUACAGGUGGUAGUAUUCAAUUUAAAGGAAGUGAUUUGCUUGAAAUGGAGCCAGAAGAAAGGUCGCUUGCAGGGUUGUUUAUGAGUUUCCAGUCCCCGGUUGAGAUUCCAGGUGUCAGCAAUAUUGACUUUCUAAAUAUGGCUUACAAUGCACGAAGGAGGCAACUUGGUCUAGCAGAGCUGGGGCCAAUUGAGUUUUAUGCAUACAUCUUCCCCAAACUUGACCUUGUGAACAUGAAGACGGAUUUUCUCAAUCGAAAUGUCAAUGAAGGGUUUAGUGGUGGAGAAAGAAAGCGUAAUGAGAUUUUACAACUUGCGGUCCUGGGUGCAGAGAUGGCAAUACUGGAUGAAAUAGAUUCUGGAUUGGAUGUUGAUGCACUUCGUGACGUAGCAAAAGCAGUGAAUGGGCUUUUGACACCAAAGAAUUCAGUGUUAAUGAUUACUCAUUAUCUACGACUUCUGGAAUUUAUAGAACCAUCUUGCAUACAUAUAAUGGAGGAUGGAAAAAUUGUGAAAACUGGAGACAUCUCUAUAGCGAAACUGCUUGAAGAGGAAGGGUACAAAGCAAUUUCCACUGCAUAAUUGCAUGUACAUUGGUAGCUCUCUCUUCUUGCUGUUCUCUUUUACUUGAUGAAAAUAUUUUCUUUUUGAUAAUAUUAUACAAUCUAAUUCAAGUGUUUUGUCCAUCUCGAUUUUGGUAAUCUUAAAUAUCGAGAAUCGCUCGGUGUGUAUUCGGGGGUCUGCAUGGUUAUCAAUUCAAACUAGUGAUGCAUCAGUACUGUUAAUUCUUACUUGGAUGCCUUUGUAAUAUGAUGUUUAUUUGAGGGAGUUGGAAGAAAUGGCAAUAAAGCAUUAUGAAAGGCUUCAAGAGAUACAUUGGAUAA